UCUGCCAUGCSAAGACACGACCUGAAGUGUCUCGACGGCAUUCAUCACAAGAUGUAUCCUUCACCAGAGAGAUCUGGCUUUGCGGCUUGUUUUCCUUGGCAAAACAAAUCUUGCUGUUCGCCAGACGUGACUGUGAAUCUAGUGGAACGUGGCAAGAAAGAUGUAUUGCACUUUGACUGGGACUACUGUGGUGGUUUAAGCGAGGAAUGCAAAGCCAUUAUGAUCAACCACGAAURUCUUUACUUUUGUGAUCCAAACCUCGUGAAAUGGGAGAUAAAUGGUGGUUUUGGUCCGAGAAGUACCCAUUUGCAGUAAUACCUGCGACCAAUGGUUUGAGGCCUGCAAGAAUGACAAAACUUACUCUGACAACUGGCUGGAGGAAUACUUCUUGCACCACAAUGACAAGGGUCCUAUAAAACCUGACAGACCUUGUCGCACCUUUGCCGAGGUUUUUAAAAAUGGAGAAGGAUUGUGUAACCAGAUUUAUGGACAAUGCUUCAAAUAUGAAAGGUCUUCCAACUGCAUGGUGUUUGAUUUCAAAGGCGAAAAUCCAAACGACAAAGUAGUGCCACGUUCUUCGCCAUAGAUUUAAACAAGAAUUAACGCUARCAAUAGGCUCGAAUAUGAAGCGUCAU